CACCUUUUGUCGACGUCAUCGUAUAUAACCACCCAAUUCCCAUUAUGACCGAUAAGCCAUAUGAUCUUUUAUUGACGGGAUACAGGUACUUAGUGUAUCAUGCUAUAAUGUGCUGAAAUGUGUGGUCGUUAUGCUCUCUCACUGCGACCUAGGGAGGUGCGUCACCGUCUGGCGGAGUCAAAUAUGCCCGCAGAAGAUGCUCCCGAAGACGAUGCCACACGCCAAUCUUACAAUGUCGCUCCUGGAUAUUACGAGCUGGUCUAUCGCGCAGAUGUCCCAGACUAUGGUGCGGGCGAAGACGCUCACAGCAACCCUUCGGAUGACGUAUCCAAAGACAACCAUGCCAUAGCCCCGACGGCGGAAGCCACCAAGUAUAAGCUGCAGGCUAUGAAAUGGGGCUUGAUCCCGUUUUGGACUAAACGGAAUCCCGACUAUGGCUCGAUGAUGAGGACGAUAAACUGUCGCGAUGAUUCACUUAUUGAAAACCGGGGAAUGUGGACACAUAUGAAGCAGAAGAAAAGAUGCAUCGUCGUGUGCGAGGGAUUUUACGAAUGGCUCAAGAAAGCUGGCGGGAAGGAGAAAAUUCCGCACUUUGUCAAGCGUGCCGACGGGCAGCUAAUGUGUUUCGCUGGACUAUGGGACAGUGUUAAGUUUGAGGAUUCGGAUGAGAAGAUCUACUCGUACACCAUCAUCACCACAGAUUCCAAUUCUCAACUCAAAUUCCUGCAUGAUCGCAUGCCUGUAAUCCUUGACAACGGCAGCGAAGCUCUUCGCACAUGGCUUGAUCCCAAAAGAAGCACAUGGUCGAAAGAAUUGCAGUCAUUGCUUAGGCCAUACGAUGGCAAGUUGGAAUGUUAUGCGGUGCCGAAAGAGGUGGGAAAAGUCGGGAACAACUCGCCUUCAUUUGUAAUCCCUAUAGCAAGCACUGAGAACAAGUCCAAUAUCGCCAAUUUUUUCGCAAAUGCGAACAAGGCUGAAAAGAAAAAGGGCCAAAUUGGCAAGGUCAAGGCAGAAAAGGAUGUGGUCAAGCGUGACCCGGAUGAAACGCGGGAGACAGUCAAUGUUGAUUCCAGCGAAGAUCAUGCGCCCGUUCCAACCCCUGCCGACGAUGAAUCAAAGCUCUCAGUUAAACGAGAACUCGAAAGCGACAUCGAGAGCGAAAGAAAGGAUGUAAAGCGCAUGAAACCUGGAAAGGUAGAAAGCGCUACCGAACCAAAGCAGGCUGCCCCAAAAGCGAAUGUCCAAACUAGGAAGACUCGAAGUGCCACUAGCAAUAACAGUGGUGAAAAGAGCCCUACAAAGCAGAAGAAUCCCGAUCAAAAGAUAACGAGUUUCUUUAAGAAGUAGACGUUUGCUUGCUGGUAGGUGGAUGGAUUGACAUUGAGUGGGAGCUGCAGUUGGUGAGAUUACUAGAGCUGUGAUCCUGGCUGCUCCUCGUAUUUUGGGAGAUGCUCGUGAACGCUGCAGUAAUCAUCAUAUGGACUGCCUUUACCAGAGCAUUUCCUCUAAAAGCUGCCCGUGCGCAAGCCCGAGUCUGAAGAAUCCACU